AUGAAUCCAGUCGAACGUCGUCCUUCCGAGUUGAAGAAUAAGCACAAACGAGAGGCGCUUUAUCAAAAACAAAAGCUUGAAAAGCAAAAAGCAAAGCAUAAGAAGAGAAAGGAAAGAGCAAAAGUAGAAGAGAAGAAUCCAGAGUUAAAAAAGAAACGUUUAGAAGAAAAUGUACCCAAGACACUGGAUAAUACAAGAGAAGCAGAUGAAACAAUGUUGGAUCAACCAGACGAUGAAGUAGCUCAGGACGAGGCCAUGGAUGAAUUGGCCAGUUACUUUAGUGGAAAGACACCCAAGAUCUUGGUGACAACUAGCAAAAAGUGUUCAACCAACUGUUACGACUUUUGUGCAGAACUCGUUUCCAUGUUUCCUGAUGCUCAGUUUGCUAAACGUGGACCUAAACAUGAACUUAGACAGGUGAUCAAGAUUGCUAAAGAAAAGGAAUUUACAGACUUGAUUAUUGUAAACGAAGAUAGAAAAAUACCAAAUGCUAUCACCUUAAUUCACUUGCCUGAUGGUCCCACUGCUUAUUUCAAGUUGUCAAGUUAUGUUCCUUCAAAGGCCAUUGUAAACCACGGCAAAGUGACUGCACAUAACCCAGAAUUGAUAUUGAACAAUUUCAACACUAGACUCGGACACACCGUGGGACGCAUGUUUCAGGCCUUAUUACCUCAAGUACCUGAAUUUCAAGGAAGACAAGUCAUCACGUUCCAUAACCAACGUGAUUUCAUUUUUGUGCGUCGACAUCGAUAUGUGUUUAGGGAUACAGAAAAAGUAGGAUUGCAAGAAUUAGGACCCAGGUUUACAUUGAAGCUUCGUUGGCUGCAGAAAGGCGUGUAUCAACGAGAUGGAGAGUACGAAUGGAUGUUUAAACCCGAGUUGGAGACGAGUAGAAAGAAGUUCUUUUUAUAA